GACUUCGUUCCUAUGUCAGCUUUUUUCCUCUUAUUAAAUAAACACGUUAAACCAGACUUAAUGUAACUUAUAACUCCACUUAAUUAUUCUUGUCAUAUAAUGCAUUAGGCCUAAUUUAUAGCUGGAAGGUUAACUGCAAGUUGUGGUACAAAGGUUAAAAAUGUUAAUGUUGCGUCAGGUUGAUUGUUGGUUGAUGGUGAAGGAGACACAAAGGUGAAGCAACAUUCUCAGUGUUGCUGCUGCUGUUGCAGGACGAGGAGGAGUCUUGCUCUUACCUCUGCAACAUUAUAUUACUGUGUUAAAAAGCGCUAUACCUUAACAUGCAGAAAAAUCUGCUGUUAUAUAACGUAUAUUGCACAUAUUUAUACCCUAAUUUGUGAUUUUAAAACUAAUUUGAAAGUGUCAAUAACUUGAAAAAGAAGAGAAAAUGACCUGAUCACCAGCAUGUCUUUCAUGUGACCAUGAAGUGUUUAGUGUGACCUGUUUACUGUUAUGUGACAUAUAUACUAUGUUAUGUGACCUAUGUAUUACGUGACCUAUAUACUAUGUUAUGUGACCUAUGUAUUAUGUGACCUAUAUACUAUGUUAUGUGACCUAUGUAUUAUGUGACCUAUAUACUAUGUUAUGUGACCUAUGUAUUAUGUGACUUAUGUAUUAUGUGACCUAUAUACUAUGUUAUGUGACCUAAAUACUAUGUAAUAUGAACCACAUAACAAUGACUAAUUGUAACAUCUGUUUAGAUAUUGUAUAUUUAGAAUUAUAUUGUAGUGAUGAUGACAAAGGUGACACUGAUAUAUGUGAUGGAGAGCCAAUGUUGGAUACUUUUAAAAUAAGGGACUAACAGGUCACUAAGACGUGAAUACAAACAAAUAUUGACAUGAGUGAUGACCCAGUGAAGGAUGGAAAAUGAGGCUGCCAAGACUAACACGAGUAUUAGGUUGGAUAUUGUUGAUGUUCUUCUUGACUGGUGUUCUUGUGUUCUUGAACACCACUCACCACUCUACCCAACCCUUGAUGAAGCAACCCAGGACUAUCCUGCACUCACUCUACAGUUAUGUGGCUAACAACAGCAUGGAGUGGGGUGGCAGGUUGGGGAGGAGCUUCCUGGGUGAUGGCGGAAGUAAGACGUGGAGAGGUAAACCCUGGGGGAGGGUUAAUAACCUCCUGCCUCCUGGGGUCUCCAUACAACACUUCACAAAAUUCCUCACCGGAGACCACUGGGGAGCAGUGAGGAGGAAGAUGAGCAUAAGAGAGAGAUUGAGGAGUGUAUGUGAGGACUAUGAUGGCGUCUUGUCUACCCCCAGCCGCGCCUCCUUCAGGAAGAUAUACCAGCAUAUUCUGUACCAGAGACAGCGGGACCUCGUCUACUGUCCCGUCUGGAAGGCAAUGUCGACCACUUGGGACGCAUACUUCCUUCAGAUGAGUGAGCGAGGAGCCACCAGGAGGGACGUGCCCGUGGAGGGUGCCAUCAGGAGGGACGUGCCCGUGGAGGGUGCCAUCAAGAGGGACGUACCCGUGGAGGGUGCCAUCAAGAGGGACGUACCCGUGGAGGGAGCCAUCAGGAGGGACGUGCCCAUGGAGUUCAGCGUCAGUAAGAACACCAGACACUACGAGAUGGCUGGCGACGUCAAACGCGCUGCCCGGAGCCGCUUCAGACUACCACAGAACACAGAGAAGGCGAAGUCUGUUAUCCAGAACUCGGUGUGCUCGGUGAUGGUGGUGAGACAUCCACUGCAGAGGCUGGUCUCCACCUACAGGGACAAGAUGGUUGCUCGCAACACCACCGUCAGGGACUACCUCUACCUGAGGACCAUCAUUAAACACAGGUACCGCACCAACACCAGUGACGCAACACCAAUGCCGACCUUCCGAGAGUUCGUAGAUUUCGUCUUGGACGAAUGGAGUUCGUGUGACCCACGUCCAGGCACCUGGCGAGAGUGGUCCAGGGACUGGCAUCCCGCCUACUACCUUUGUGAUCCCUGCCACCUCAACUAUUCCCACAUACUCAGGUACGAGCACUACCAGCGUGACUUACAGCAGUUCCGUCAGGAGUGCGGCUUGGAGGAGGCAGCCUUGGACAGCACCACACACCACCACCAGCUGGGUAACACCACCUCACACCAGCUGGAGGAGCAGCUCUAUGGCCAGCUGAGCCGCUCUCAGGUGGUUAGACUGGCUCAGGUAUACUUCCUCGACCUCCUCAUGUUUGGUUACAACGUUACCAGGUAUUUACACUUCGCCAAGCCUGACUGACUAACUCACAUCUGUCACGUCCUCUGUCUUCUCGUCAUCACAAGACGCUCUCUCUCACCCUUCAGUGUUUAGUGCUCCCCUCAGAAUGUAAUAAUUAAACUUAUAUUCCCUGAGCCCAACCUCUCUACCUCAGUGCACUCCAGAGGAACAGUGUAGCGUAGGGCAGUCACAAGAUUCUAAUGAAUCAAAAAAUAUAAAUGAACAUACAUGAUGUUGGUAGGAUUGAUGUUCAGUGGUUAGAGCGUCGUGAAUAGCUUCCCACGAGGCUGGCUAAAAUAACAUGAGUUCCAUCCCCGGAUACCCGCACUUUAAAUAAUUAAAAACCACUUGUUUGUGGAUGUCUUAGGAAUGCGAGUGUGUAUAUAUAAGAUUAGAAUAUUGGCCUAUUGAUAUGCUUACUUAUUUGUAUGUUUUUAUCGAUGUAUAUGUAAUAUGUGUACGUGUAAAU